UAAUGUUGCAAGGGUUAAAAGAGAAUAUCGACAAAUAUUGAAGAGUUCCUUUAAUAAAUACAAUUAAAAAUGUAAUUAACCAAUUUGAGGGCAGAAAUAGUGUCACACGGAAGACCAGGACAAUAGAAAAAUAUUUUGAUGAAGACCUCAAUAUAUUACUUUAAUUCCAAGGAAAAGAGAUCGUGACGUCCAGUCCAGUGCCCAUCGGACUACUUUCCGAUGAGGCCCAAGAUGCAAGGAACAUGGUAGUAGAAAAGGAAUUAUUCAAACUUUUGUGUCAUCCUAGCCCACUGUGCGUAAGCGUUCUCAUAUAGCCGUUCCGCAUUGCGAUGUUACCCUAGGACUACCUAAAUGUCGAGUCGACCGACUUCCGUCCUUCCACCUUGCUUCUUCGUCUACGUCAUCGGUGUCUUCAGUUUAACGCGAAGACCCAAUCCGCAGUUAUUUGGAGCGCCAGUUAGCGUUCAGCUUUCUGCUACCAACCGUUCGUCGGUACGCUCCGUCCUACCAAGAAGUGCGCGCGAGUGGUGCACCGAAUAAUGAUGCAGUGCAAGUGCAGGGGCGGGCCGCCCCCUUCCGGUUUACCCUUUGUUAUUUUGGGACUUGUUUUGCUAGGAGGCGUAGAUUCCGAAAAUGCAAUGGGAUGCAGGUUUCCGGGAGCCCCGGCUCACUCCUCGAUAGUGUUUUCAGAUGAAAACUUAGGACCGGGAACGGUAGCGACAUAUACUUGCGAACGUGGAUUCGAAUUGUUGGGUCCAUCCAGAAGGGUUUGCGAAAACAGCGUGUGGUUACCAGAGGGUAUACCUUUUUGUGUGUUGAACGUAGCUGCCGGAAAAGCUCCGAUGCAAGUGAGCACGGAAGGUGGAGGUAUACCCCAGAAAGCUAUCGACGGAAGCACCAGUGCAUUCUUCAACAAAGAAACUUGUACUUUAACGAAAUCAGAAGCAACUCCGUGGUGGUACGUCAAUCUACUCGAGCCCUACAUGGUGCAGCUGGUAAGGCUGGACUUUGGAAAACCAUGUUGCGGGGCGAAUAAGCCUGCAACCAUAAUAGUCCGGGUCGGAAACAACAGACCGGAUCUAGGAACGAAUCCCAUUUGUAACCGAUUCACUGGAUUUCUCGAAGAAGGGCAGCCGUUGUUUUUGCCCUGCAAUCCUCCGAUGCCAGGGGCGUUCGUCAGCGUGCAUUUGGAGGUUCCGGCACCUAUGCAGCUGUCCAUAUGCGAGGCCUUUGUCUAUACCGAUCAGGCAUUACCGAUCGAGAGGUGUCCCCAAUUCAGGGACCAACCGCCAGGAAGCACCGCCACUUACAACGGAAAGUGUUACGUUUUUUACAAUCGUCAACCGCUAAAGUUUUCUGAAGCACUCGCUUUCUGUCGGGGUAGAGGUGGAACAUUAGUGGACGAGAGCAACCCCGCCCUACAAGGUUUCAUAAGUUGGGAGUUAUGGAGGAGGCAUAGAAGCGAUGCCCAAGGACAAUACUGGAUGGGAACCGUACGAGACAAACAGCUUGGAGUAUGGAAAUGGUUAAAGGGGGACGAGGUCACCGUUUCUUUCUGGAAUCUACCAGUCGGAAACGGCGACUGCGCUCGCUACGACGGUUCCAAGGGUUGGCUCUGGUCUGACACUGAUUGCAACAUGCACCUGAAUUACAUCUGUCAGCACCAACCGAAAGCUUGCGGCAGGCCCGAACAACCACCGAAUUCGACGAUGCUAGCCCCCAACUUCAACGUUGGUUCCGUGGUGGAAUACACUUGCGACGAAGGACACCUCUUAGUUGGACCUACGAUGAGAACUUGCUUGGAAACGGGUUUCUACAACGAAUUUCCCCCCGUUUGUAAACGUAUACAGUGCGGCUAUCCAGCUGAUAUUCCGAACGGAGAGUACACGCUGGUUAACGACAGCGUGGGAUACUUAAGCAGAGUAAUUUAUGUGUGCUACGAAGGCUUCGAAAUGAUCGGUAGAGCUCAGCUAUCCUGCGACAUCGAUGAGAGGUGGAACGGACCACCACCUCGAUGCGAACCGGUGCAAUGCGAACCUCCUCCAACGAUUUCCAACGGCAUGUUCGAAAUCCCGAAUAACGAUACCUAUUUCGAGUCCACGGUCAACUACGUCUGCAACCCGGGCUUUAAAAUAAUGGGAGCGUCCAAAAUUACUUGCAUGGCCAACGGACAGUAUGACUCCCUGCCGCCAUCUUGCGAGCUCGAUAUUACAUUGACCUCUACCACCCAAGAAGUAACCAAGCCUACAAGACCUCCGACGAGUACGAGAGGACGAACUAGAACACCGAGACCGCCUCCGACUACAAUCAAAGCCAGCAACGAUAUCGUGAAACUGACGUCAAGGACGAGGAGACCAACACUCAAAACCACAGCAUUCAGCACCAGUAGCAUUUUGACUACUACCACUACAAUCCCGUCUAUAAUCGUCGCGAACCAUCCUCAGGAUAACGAAAUUGCAGGGAGUUCAAAUAUCCAACACGGAGGCAUUCCAAACGUAAAUGUACCUCUGUCCAUCGACGGAGACAGAAAAGAUCCAUACGGAGCUAGACUGAACGUCGGUGCUAUCAUAGCACUCGGAGCUUUCGGGGCGUUCAUUUUUCUCGCUGCGAUUGUAACAACGAUCGUCAUUUUGGUUAGAAGGAAUCAAAGAAGUGCCAAACAUUACCGUCACAGAGCAUCUCCCGACUGCAACACCGUCGCCUCUUUCGAUUCCUCCAGCUCGGAAUCGAGAAACGGCGGCCUGAACCGUUACUACCGGCAGGCGUGGGAGAACCUCCACGAAUCGGCGGGCAGCAAAAGCGGCCUCAAAGCUCACGCCUCCUCUAACCACUCACCCCUGAGGAGAAAGGAAACCAUGGACGAGCCCUACCAACGACAACGGGACGGUUCGGAGAUGGUGAUCAACGACGUGUUCGGCCAAAAAUCGUCGGAGAAGAAACGGCACCAUCAUCACCACCAUCACCACGACGGGCGUCCCCACAAGGAAGGCAAGGAGUGGGGAGGCCCCCAGCGACCCCCGCCGCACAACCAUAAACGAUAUUGACAACCGUGUAUGGUUAUAACGGUACACGUCGAGGAGGAGUGAUCCGACCGACGCGUUUAUUUAUUGACAUUAACGGAAUUGAAGGUGAUUGCGAACAAAACAGGGUGUUUACCAUUUACGGGCGACGGAACGAAUGUGCGCGGAAACGGAUUUAGUCGUUAGAUUGUUAUGAUUAUUUUAACCGCCUCCGUUCAAGUAGCAAUCGCAACUGAAAUUUAAUCGUUGAAGUUAGCAACGUACCUUAUCACGAGCAAGUUCAAAAUUUAGUUAGAGUUAGCAAUUUAGCCUCUCCAUCACUACGAUGUGUAACUUUCCUCAUAGCUAUGGGGCUUUCGUACAAUUCCUAUCUCUAAUUAAACUCCACCGAUUCGAUAGUUUCUCCUUGGUGUAGCUCAUUGCCUCUUCAUUUGCUACCCCCAGCAGAUGAAAACGCGUCCCUAUAGGGCUUCGCAUUGGCUUCCCACUCUUCUUGACAGAAUCUCCAUUCAGGGUUUCAAUGUGUUUACAUGUGUUCAACCUGUUAUUCUAUUAUGGCAACAAUUUUAUAAAGUGAUUUAUCCUAUACUUGUCUUAAAGUUAGUUCGUUUAUACAGGGUGAGUCACAAUGAAAAAUAUUAUUUUUCGUGAACAAAUCAAAUGGAAUACCCUGUAUAUUAUACUUCCAUUUUUUUUAAAAGAAAGGUUCAUCUUUAUUCAUUACCUAUACUUCUAAAAGGUUCUGGUUUAUGAGAAUCCAAAACUAACUUGCCCUGCCCUUAUUGGUGAACAAUUUUCCAGUCUUCUUUAGUUGGGAUUGGGAAAAUAAGUGUUAUAGACAGUACGCUCAUAGCAACAAAUUUCGACUUAACAUACCUUAAAUAAAAAAAAGUAAAGAAAAAGAAAAAAGCAAAUGUACUGACACGAAGAUAAAGUGCAAUGCAAUAAUUAUUCAUUUAAAAGAAAACUUAUAGAAGUAGUUUUGGAUUAUUUUUGAGAAUGCGAUCUAAGUAGUACAAAAUCUAUUUAGAUUAUAGAGAGAAUAAAUAUAUAUAAUAAUAAGUUUGCCUAGAAUAAUUAAUUACUAAAAAGCAUAAAACUGUUAGGCACUAUUUUGCAGUUUGUGGUUCGUCUUCGCGCCGCUUGGAUAUGUUUAGUUCAUCUUCUUUUAUCUCUAGUCCAAAAUUGUAUCAACAUGACAAUCUACACGCUUAAGUCUCAUGAUCCUUUUGCAUUAAGACUGUACUUCACUGCAUUCCCAAUUUAAUAAUAUUGUGAAUUAUAUCUAAAUAAUUUUUAAUAAAGCCUUUUGAUAACCUCAAUUUAUAUUUAAUAAUAUAUGUUUGCUUGGAUUACGUCAUAGAAGUCAGAAGAGGUGGUUUUACUGAAUCCCACGCUGCCUUAAUAUUAGAUAGACCUUGGACCUUCGUGCAUUCUUCGUUGACAGCCUCUCAAUUUCUAUGUCAUUUAAUUUCGAUUACAUUCAAGUCGGCAUUGCUGGAAAGCCAUAAAUAUUAUGAUCAUGCUGUAUACAAUUUUCGUAUGCUGGGAAUUAAAUCGUUUUCCACCAUUUCUCGAUGCUUCUGUGCUGUCCCAUGUAUGAACUGGACAUUUCCUACUCCCUUUACAGUACGUUUUAAUCAGUCCUCAUGGGAGGCCAAAUUUUUUGUUCUUUUUACCCUUUUUCGAAUUUUAUUUAAAUUAGAAUCCUAAAAUGGCAUAAUAUAAGUUUCAAUUUUCAGUUGCGACUGCCACGGAUAGCUCAAUGAAAACUUUGACUGAUCAGCGGUUUAAUUGUUUAUUUAUUACGUAUUAUUAUUGUAUGGAUGUGGUGUGCGAGUGUUUUACUAGCGUAAUUUUAUAUUGAGGUCGCAGUUUCCGCCACGGCCCGAGAACUCUUUAACCCGGCCAACAUGUCUAGGGAAAAUGUAACCACUCAGUGCCAUUUCGAAAGGCAUGACGGUGAAUUCGAGUCGAUUGUACGAUAAAUAUUUUGUAAAGUUUUCGUAAUCUUUCAAGAAGUUUAGAUAGAUUUUUCACUUCUGUUAAUUGUAAAUAAUCCUUUUUAAAGCAUUGCAAACGUUGUGUAAAUACAAGAAGUAAUGCUCGACUAAAGAUGCUCCAAAAUGGCAAUUAUUUAAAUUCCAUUUCGGUGGUUCUGGGCAAGUUGGAACAUUUUUAGACAGAUAAUAUAUUGAGUUGAGAUACAUGUGUAUAAUA